UUAUGGGAUGCAAUGAUAGCUUUGUUACGUGGACAUGUUGCAUAGCAGCAAAGUCAGGGCUUUUAUUAUAUCUGUCACUCAAAUAAUAUAUAUUUUACCCAGCGAGUAAUUCUCAUCCUCCACUGCUCACUCUACCCCUCCCCGUUAUUCUGAUAAAGAUCCUUACUGGAAGGAAGCUGCUCCUUUUCUCUGACUCACUGAGCAGAAACGAAACCUAAGCCAGUUGAUGGGAGGAGUCUCUGCACUGUUUUACAAGUGCUCUCUCCCAGGGGCGAUAGCGCGCUGUGAGACAGCCAGCACUCCUCCGUUAUUAAGGGACUUUAUCCAGGGUCUUUUCUCCUUGUUAUGUUUGGAAAAACUUCUUUUUGGAAGCACUUUAGAAGAUUAUAACAUCCUGCAGCUCAGCUUCUGAGAGCUAGCCUGAUUUCUCUUUCUACUCAAAACACAUAUUGCUUCCUGCAUUUCAAGAUCUCAAGAUCUGGACUACAUCGGAGAAAUUUUCAGGGAGAGAUGGCCAAUGAAUGCUGGAAGAUUAUUCUGAUUAAAGGACUAGAAGAAAUCAAUGAUGACCAGUUUAAAAUGGUCAAGUUCUUACUGACAGAUCCAUUAAAACUGACUUCAAAAAUGCAAGAUGAAUAUGGCAAAGUUCAGUUUGCUAACCUGAUGGUAAAGAAGUUCCCGGAAGAUGCUGGUGUAGACAAACUGAUAAAACUCUGCAAAGAAAUAGCAUCACUUCAAGCCUUUGUUGACAUUCUUAAAAGAGAAAAAGCAAAAGUUAUGAAAAGGAGAUCCACACCAGCAAAAGGAAAACCCCCCUCCAAAAAGAACAAGCAGGACGAAGACAGUCCUGCUGUACCUGCACCCAGCACAAGCAACACUGUCAAGUCUGAGGGAGCAGAGGUGAUUCCUGGACCUCAGAAAAGAAAAACUACAGGCAAAGGAAAGGAUAAGACCAAAAAGAGUAAGGUGUCAGAAGAGCAGCCUCAGCCAUCCUGUCUUCCAGGAGCCAGUAUGCCCACAGCCAUUGGCCAUCUCUCACCUCCCCCGACCUCAGCAGAUCCAUCCAAAAUGUCCUCAACUAAGAGGCCAAAACCACAGGCCAAAGAUCCAGCAGCCGCCAAACCAAAUUAUCUCCAGAAAGGCCCAAUGACAGUGAUGGUACUGAGUGCAGCAGAUCCAUUUGAAUAUGAGUCCUCAGAAAAGGAGAAAAAAAAAAUGUUUCAUGCUAUAGUGGCUACAGAAAACAAGUUCUUUCAUAUGAAGGUUUUAAACAUCAAGUUAAAGAAAAACUUCACCAGAAAUAAAAUCCUUACUAUAUCAGAUUAUUUGGAAUAUAAACGUCUCCUAGAGGUAAAUGAAGCCUCUUCUGUAUCUGAAGCUGGUCCUGACCAAAAGAUUGAGGUUCCAAAAAACAUUAUAAGCAGAGCAAAAGAAACCCUGAAGAUUGAUGUUCUUCAAACACAAGCUGCGGGAACUAUCGUAUAUGGAUUAUUUAUGCUAUGUAAGAAAACAUUAAAUAAGGACAACACAAUCUAUGAGAUUAAGGAUGACACAGGAAGUAUGAAAGUAGUGGGGAAAGGAAAAUGUCACAAUAUCCCCUGUGAAGAAGGAGAUAAACUUCAGCUCUUUUGCUUUCAACUGAGAAAAAAGAAUGAGACAUCAAAACUGAUUUCUGAAAUGCAUAGUUUCAUUCAGGUAAAGAAAAAACCAAACCAGAGGAACAAUGUUGCCACUACCGUGAGUGGACCUGAGGAGUGUAGUGAGAUUCUAAAGCAUCCUGAGGGCUGCACAACCCCAAUUCAGAGACAUCUCAUGACUUCUCUGAUGCCUCCAGCCUCAACCAGCAGUUUGUUCAUUAAGUUUGUGCAGAUUUUAUGGACUGGAUCAGCCGGCAGGCAGUACGAGUUUGUCAUCUUGGCACAGGGGGAAGAAGCUGCCUCAGGAACAGAGAUAUCCUCUGCAGUCUCCAGAGCUGGUGCACUACCUGUGGGCAAUCCUCACAUUUAUGGGACAUAUCAACACACCCCGUCUAGCCUUUGCCAGAUGUCAAGCCCAAGGGCUGUGUCUGAAGAAGCUGUCACAGAAGGUCACCACAGUGGACCCAUAGAAGUGAUGGUGCUGAAAGCGACAGAACCGUUUGUAUAUGAAGUCAAGGAGGAGAGAAAGAUGUUUCAUGCCACGGUGGCUACUGAGAGGAAAGUUUUCCAAGUAAAGGUUUUUAACAUCAACUUAAAGGAGAUGUUCACUCCAAAGAAUAUCAUUGCCAUAUCAAAUUAUAUUGGCCGAAAUGGGUUUCUGGAGGUAUACACUUUCAAUACCUCCGUGUUGAAGAUGGAUGCUGAUAAAAAGAUGGAGAUCCCAAGAAGCCUGAUUAACCAAGCUGGUAGAACUCCCAAAAUCAGUCACCUUCACUCACAAACUGAAGGGAAGUUUGUGAAUGGGGUGUUCCUCGUACAUAGGAAAUGUGUGAUGGAUAAAUUCACUUAUUAUGAAAUAAAAGAUAACACAGGGCAGAUGGAAGUAGUGGUAUAUGGACGACUGACCAGUAUCAACUGUGAGGAAGGUGAUAAACUGAAGCUCAUCUGUUUUGAAUUGGCAUCUGGAUGUAUGGAUAAGCGUCAGUUAAGAUCUGUAAUUCACAGUUACAUGAAGGUCAUCAAGACCAGGAAAAUCAAUAAAGAAAUACAUGGUCCUGAUUCAGACUUGGAAACUUCACUAGACAGCUUCUUCUAAAACCUGGAUGCUGUGGAUAAUGAUGUUUAUGGAGAUAAUUUCUAAGUGCAAGAAAAGAUAAAUGUACCUGGGUGAAAUACAACACUGUAUAUGCCAUUUUAUAUAUAUACAUAUGUGUGUAUACAUACAUAUAUUCUUGGGUAUGAGUGUUAGGGGUGCUUUUAUAAGUUUUAUUAUUUUUUAAAAGUCUAUUUUGCAACUAUAAGCCUUAUAAUUUGAAGAAAGAAAUAAACAUCUUCACAUUUUCUAAUGAAAUAUUUCAAAAGAAGUCUCUGUGAGUUACUUAAAAGCAAAGAGUUUUGUGCCUUGUGAAUCAAGAUGGGUCAUGGGGGCCUCAAACAGUGUUUGGGCUUAAACUUUGGAUAUGAUCUUACAGCAUUAGGCCCUGGUCAAUAAUGAACCAGCUGUGUUCACAGAAAGGGCAGGGAGGGAUAAUGUUCAGCCUGGGCUUUAACUGCCAAGUCCUGUGUCUUAGGAAGGGAUUGCUCUAGCCCAGAGCAGUGGACAUCUUUUCAGAAUGGUCUCCUGGAUGGGACAAAAUCGGGAAUUUAUUUGCUAAAUAAGAUGCCUUCUGGUGGCUUGCAAGAAUAUAUUACAAUUUUUAGGCCUGCCUGAUGUCAAAUAACUGAUUUCAUUCAUUUCCAGAAAUGCCAACAGCUCUUCAUUAGCUCUCCAGCCACAUUUCCUGGUUCUGCUCCAAGGCAGACCUGCAUUAGGCAAACACUGAAGACUAUUAAUUUUUUAGAGUGGAAUAGUCUGCCAUUCAGUAGAUAUCUGAAACUGAAAUGUAGUCACAUUUAUUGCUCUAGUAUUCUGUACACAAUAACAUUUGUGUUGCUUAGUCUUCAUAUUAGUUUUAGAAAGUUAAUAGUUUUACUUCUUCCUCUACCUAUAAGAAGUGAAAAACAAGGAACUG